GGGCAGCAGGGGUAAGCUGAUGAAUAUUAAGCCUUCAGAAUGUGGCUUAGAUUGCAAGACUAGGCUGCAAGCAAUUUAUUUAUCAUUGUGUGAUUCAUUUCAAAUUUAGGUCGAUGCACAGUUUUUGCCCAGGGAUGCUCUAGCUGAUUGUGUGUCUGUAGCCUUACUUUAAUCUGCUGUGCAGGUCAUACACUUGAAUUGAAAAACAUCUCUCCAACGCUGACAGUUCAUUACUCAUCCCUCUGGAUCCUCUUAGCAUUUGUUCCAGAGAUAUCUUUACUUUGGUUUAUAAAAUAUACAUUGGAGGAACAUGUCUUUCUGAAUGCACCAAAUACAUGUGUCUCAAAAGAUGCUCUUGGGGAAGACACUUGAAUUUCCUACCAAAGUAUUAUUUUCUUUCAUGUUCAAUCAACAUAGUUCAAAUGCUGGAUUAAGUAUGAUAAAAGCUCUAGGGCCAGGAGAUUGCAUCAGAGUAUGUGUUUGGCUUGAUUUUUUUAAUAACAUUUCAUUAAGACACUGUAGCUCUUACUACUAUUUACAUGUAAAAUUAAAAAAAAAAACAUAUGAGAAAUGCACAUAGAGAAGGGUAAUAGUCACUUGCAUAAAGUUAGAGCAAACCUUCAUUUUGAAUGCAGACAUUUUACAAAUUUGCAGUGAAUCUGUUGCUAACCCUACAGCUCUGGAAGAAGAUUUGCCAAAACCAUUUUGUCUGAAGGUUUUGCUUUUGACUACUGUCAGUGUAGUAUUUUCUUUCAGGCAGUGUUCUGGUAAGCCAUAUGUACCUACAGGUAACUUGCUUAUUAAGUCUGUGUGCUGGAAAUGGGCAUCCUCUCCCACAUACUGGUCAGGUUCUGCACAAUGCCGUUCCUUGCUGGCAGGUGACUCCUGUAAAUUUUCAAUGCUGAGGAAUAUGUCGCUGGAUUUUCUCAUAUGCAGCCAUUUGCAUUUAUACAUAAGGCUGUUUUGUCUUACUAGUUGUCACUUAGACUUGUAUAGAGUAUUAUGAGAGGUCUGCAAGUGUGAUGCUGAUAUAGGGGCUGGGUAACACUGCAUUUUCUGGCCUGUUAGACAAAGGCAUGCACUUGACAAAGAAGCUAACAGUGCUCUUGGUCAUACUUGGAUAUCAGAAUGUAUUAGAAGAGACAGAAGUUUAUGUACUCCAACUGAUAGUUCUACAUUUCUGGAAAGUAGUGUGGUUUUCUGCAGCUUGUUCUGCGUUUGUAUAAAAUAUGCUGUUGUUUAUUUUCUGACACUUCAUCACAACUUAGUUUUUUUGGAACAAACUAGGUAACAGUUCCAUCUGGCAUCCUAUGGUUCUGUUCAGGUUAGAUGGCAUUCGUUAUUGGAAUAGUUGAUUAUUAUAUUAUUUUCCACUGAAAUACAGGUGCUCUGCUUAACUGUGAGAACAUGUGCAAACAUUGAAAAGCCUUAGCAUAAAUAUUAAAGGACACUCAAGUUUUCCUUUCAAAAGCUUGUGAUGUUAAAAGAGAUAAGAUUUAUAGUGGUGUGUUAAAUACAUCAGAGUAUUCAGGUAAUACUAAGCAGUGGUAUUACUAUGUUAACUCUUUUGUCAUACUUGACCUGGUGUUCUGCUGUGACACAUCUUGAACAUUCUUGCACAUUGACAGUGACAUUCAGUUUACUGCUUUCUGAGAGCAGCUACUGAAAUUUAGUUAGUUUAGGAGGAACUUCAGUAACUCACGCUCUGAGAGUAUAACUCAUUCAUCACUACUGUUAGUUCAGCCUGACUUCAAGCUGUGAAAAUUAUAUAAAUGUCUUGACUGCUAUCACUUGUGAUGUCAAAGAGCACAUGGGUAUAGGUAAGUAUAUAUUAAUAUUUAGCUUUCAGUCUGAAAGUUGCCCAGAGGAGAAUCGUUAAACUGUAAAUCAUGAAACAUGACUUGCAAUUUUUUUUAUGUAAUCUGUUAUACCAUCCGUAUUUUUUAUGGUGUACAUGAUAAAAUAUCAGCAGAGUUAAUUUAUGGGAGAAGAGCAAGGUGACUUCAAAUUAAACCAUAACAAAAGGAUGUUAAGGCAAAGGAAUCUGUUUUUUGUUCUAUUUAAUAAAUUUCAUUUAAUUUCCUACAAAUCUUCCACCUGGGUACAGCUGACUCUGGUGUCACUCAGGUGCCAUGCCCCUCAGAACUCCUGGAGCGUGGGGGGCCAGGAGCUGUCCUUCAUUGGGCCAGGGUGUGCCUGGCACCACUCGCUCGCUCACUUGGGCUUGGAGCCUCACUUCUCACGUGUUCAUGUCUCAUCCUUUUCCUCCUUAACAGGAUCCAUACUAUAGAUUUAAUGAUGUGAUGUACAGAUGGAUUUCACUAGAUAACUGGACUUACAGCAGGACAUUCAAAACUCCUUUUGACGUCAGAAAGUGGCAGAAAGUGAAUUUGGUUUUUGAGGGAGUGGAUACAGUAGCACAGGUCCUGCUCAACAGUGUCACUCUCGGGAGAACAGACAACAUGUUCAACAGAUAUAGCUUUGAUAUUACCAGCGUGAUCCAGGAGGUCAAUUUUGUUGAAGUCCGUUUCUUGUCAGCCAUUUCAUAUGCAGCAGAGCAGAGCAGAUGUCACAAAGCACACAGCAUCCCUCCGGCGUGCCCUCCACCUGUGCAGAAAGGAGAGUGCCACGUUAAUUUCAUCAGAAAGGAGCAAUGUUCAUUUAGUUGGGAUUGGGGCCCUUCUUUUCCCACUCAAGGAAUCUGGAAAGAUGUUAGGAUUGAGGCCUAUAACUAUUAUCACCUGAUUUACUUUUCUGUAACGCCUUUCUUUGCAAAGAGUGCUCAGCACUGGUAUCUUGAAGUUGAGUCUAUUUUUGAUGUAGUCAGCUCCAAGACAAUUGCAGGUCUUGUGACUGUGAACAUUCCCAAGUUACAAACGCAGCAAACGUUCAGUGUGAAACUUCAACCUGGAGAAGGCAGCAUUGUGCUGCUUGUAAACAUCAACAAGAGUGCUGCAGUGGAGGCUUGGUGGCCAAAUGGGCAUGGAAAGCAAACUGGAUACAACAUGACAACAACUUUUAUGAUGGAGACAGGAUGCCAGAUUGAGAAGUUUUCAAAGGUUUAUUUUCGGACAGUAGAACUUGUUCAGGAGCCUAUUCCUGGCUCACCAGGUCUGAGUUUCUACUUCAGAAUCAAUGGCCGACCCAUUUUUAUUAAGGGCUCAAACUGGGUUCCAGCAGAUUCUUUCCAGGACAGAGUGACCUAUGACAUGCUGAGGCUACUCCUGAAGUCUGCAGUAGAUGCUAACAUGAACGCCCUUCGGGUUUGGGGAGGAGGAGUAUAUGAACAAGAUGAAUUUUACGAUAUUUGUGAUGAAAUAGGGAUAAUGAUUUGGCAGGAUUUUAUGUUUGCAUGUGCGCUAUAUCCAACCAACCAGAAUUAUUUAGAAUCCGUAAGAGCAGAAGUUUCUCAUCAGGUACGACGUUUAAAAUCUCAUCCAUCAAUUAUUAUUUGGAGUGGUAACAAUGAAAAUGAAGCAGCAAUUGCAAGCAACUGGUUCUCUAUACCUUAUCCUGACAUAGGAGUCUACAUCAACGACUACGUGACCCUUUAUGUGAAGAACAUACGUGAAAUAGUUCUUAGUGAAGAUAAGAGUCGUCCAUUUGUUGCAUCCAGUCCCACCAAUGGCUUGGAGUCAGUUAAAGAAGGCUGGCUCUCCCAGGAUCCUUAUGACACCCAUUAUGGUGACACACACUUUUAUGACUACAACAGUGACUGCUGGAACUGGACAGUUUAUCCUAAAACUCGUUUUGCUUCCGAGUAUGGCUUUCAAUCCUGGCCUUCCUUCAGUACAAUUGAAAAGGUUUCCUCCCCUGAGGACUGGUCCUACACAAGCAAUUUUUCUCUCCAUCGGCAGCACCAUGAAGGUGGCAAUAUUCAGAUGCUUCAAGGGAUUGGGCGUCAUUUCAAGCUUCCCCAGAGCCCAGAUCCUGUAAAGAAGUUCAAAGAUAUGAUUUACCUCACUCAGGUGAUGCAGGCUCAGUGUAUAAAGACAGAAACUGAAUUCUAUCGUUUUAGUCAAAGUGAAAUAAUCAAUGGAGAAGGACACACAAUGGGCGCUCUGUACUGGCAACUCAAUGACAUUUGGCAGGCUCCUUCAUGGGCUUCUUUGGAGUAUGGUGGUAAGUGGAAACUGCUCCAUUAUUUUGCCCAGAACUUCUUUGCACCACUGCUGCCUGUGGCCUAUGAAGACAAAGGGAUGUUGCACAUUUAUGGUGUCUCAGAUUUUCAUGAGGACCACAAGCUGACUUUGAGAGUUGUUGUGUACACCUGGAGCUCUUUGGAGCCUGUAUGCACCCUUGCCGAAGAAGGUGUGACUGUUAUAGCACAGAGUGCUGUCCCCAUCUUCAAGGAGUCUGUCAGUGACCUUCUGGAAAGAUGCAGAAAUUGUACCAGGAGAAGCUGUAUUAUUACUUUCUGUCUCGUGGGAGAAGAUGGGCUCCGGAGUCCUACAAACCAUUACUUCCUUUCAUCACUCAAGGAUGCUGUGGGAUUAGAAAAGACCCAGCUUAGUGCCUCUGUAUCCCAACAAGAUGAUACUUACGCUUUUGUUCUUCAGACCACUGCAAUUGCUCCUUUUGUUACUCUGGAUGUAGGGAGUAUAAAAGGCAGAUUUAGUGACAAUGGUUUCCUCAUGACUGAAAGGAAGAAAGUGGUUGUGUUUUAUCCUUGGGAACCUACCAGUGUUGAAGAACUAGAAAGUUCACUAAUCUUGACCUCUCUACUGGACGUUGUCUGAGAAUACUUCAUUUCCUUCUAGAUAAAGAGUGAAACAGGAGGAGAAAAAAAAGAUUAGAAGAAUUUGACUGAAGUUGAAGUGACAUACACUUUGAGCUGGCUGAAGAACAUACUGUCUAUUCCUGUCAUGUGAAUUUUAACUGCUGGUUCAAUGUAAAGAUACCAACAGCAAAGCUUGCAUAUAAAAUAUGUGAUAUAUUGAAAGC